GUUCCAAACAAUUAAAUCAUAUCAAAGCCUAUUGAUCAGCUUAUGAUCUUGGUUUCAUGUUUAAAUCAAGUUGUGAAUAAUUGGCUUGUGAUCGAUUACAACAUGGAAGAUAUGAUCAUCAUCGUUGUCUCCUUGGUUUCUUGCGCAAUCGUUUACUUCUUAUUUAGUAUGGUCAUCAUUAAGCGUGGCUCUUCUAAAGUCGACUUGGCGCCACUUCCACCAGGUCCAUAUCCAUGGCCGAUCAUUGGAAACCUUUUCCAAAUCCGAAAGCAGGAUACUCAUAUUUGCCUCGCCGAGAUGGCCCAAGUGCAUGGCCCACUCAUGUCACUACGUUUCGGUCAAAAACUUAUUAUCGUUGGAUCAUCAGCAACCGUGGCUUCAGAGAUUCUCAAGACACAUGAUAAAGCUCUUUCAGCUCGAGAUCUAUCACGAUUGCUUGUUCAUGACAAGGAACAAGCCGGUCACAACAAGAAUCUUGUCUUUUCGUCAAACUGUGACGAUGGUUGGAGGUAUUUACGUAAUAUCUACAGAUCAGAGCUUUUUUCGAGCAAAGCUUUGGAAUCUCGCAAGGAGUUGAGAGAAAGUAAGGUUAAGGAGCUGAUGAAGUACUUGGGUUCAAAGGAAGGUGAAGAAAUAUGUAUAAAGGAUGUCAUGUUCGCAACAGCUGUAAUGCUCCUAAGCAACACAUUGUUCUCUAUGGAUUUCGUAGACUUUGAGGGGAAUGGUAUCGGUGCAGGCAUUAUGAACUUGAUAAGAAGACUUUCUAAGUUGGCUAAGCCACAAUUAGCAGAUAUGUAUCCUUAUAUAUUCGGUCGAUGGGAUUUGCAAGGUUGGUAUAACGACGUCAUGCAAAUCUUGAAGGAGUUUGGAGAUAUUUGGAAGGAUAAUCUCGAGAAGAAAAGAAAUGGAAGCACAAGACCAAAUGAUUUCACUCAUACUUUGAUUGAAAAAGGAUUUACUAAUCACCAGAUUAAUAUCAUGAUCCAGGAGCUAUAUUCAGCAGGUACCGAAAGCACAAGUUCGAUCAUCGAGUGGUUUUUGGUCGAGCUUCUUAGAGAUGGACAAGUAAUGCAAAAGGCUAUUGAUGAAGUCGUGAAUCAAAUAGAUGGAAAUAUAGUGACAGAGUCUGAUUUGGAACGCCUACCCUACUUAGAAGCUUGCUUUAAAGAAACACUCAGAUUGCAUCCUCCAGCACCACUUCUUUUGCCUCGUAGAGCUACCGAAAGAUGUGAAGUGAUGGGAUACACCAUUCCAAAAGAUUGUGGAGUACUAGUUAAUGUUUGGGCAAUUAAUCGAGAUCCAAAGAUUUGGGACGAUCCAUUGAGCUUCAAACCCGAAAGAUUCAUUGGAUCGAAGUUGAGCUAUAAUGGCAAAGACUUUGAGUACAUACCGUUUGGGUCAGGAAGACGAAUGUGUCCCGGAGAAGCAAUGGGUUCCAAGACAAUCCUCUUGAUUAUGGCCUCUCUAAUUCGGAACUUUCACGUAUUCCUUCCAAACCACAUGAAUGCCAAAGAGAUUAACAUGGACGAGGCAUUCGAGUUUGUGAUGCGAAAGAAAGAUCCAAUAAAUGUAAUAUUCAAGCUUCGUGAACAGUUCAAGGAUUGACGGACGACAUCAUGGACGCUCGCUUUUGUAAAGUAUCUAAUGGCUUUAAUCGUCACUUGUAUCUAAUUAAUUAAGGCUUUAUUAACAGGUUGUAACAAAAAUAAAAAAGUAUGGGUACUUGCGUGUGCUUUCAUGUAUUAUAUUAAUUUCUUAUCAGUUGAUGAAAUCUUAGUAAGAAGCAUCUAAGGAAAGCUUUUCUUUGUUGUACAA